AUGUCAACCUCAAGCGGAAGAGAAAGCUUGAAAUCGACAAAUCAACGCUAUGAUGCCCACAGAAAUGGUGCCAGGGUGCUGCAAAAGAGAACCAUUAUCCGAAACCGAGUGUGCCGUUGGGGGGAAAUGGGCGUAGUGCUCGAAGACGACGUCGUGCCAACGCCCGAGAAAGAGCCAGGGAAAACCACAGCUGGCAGAGACGAACAAGCGACAGCACGAAGGUUCCUCGCCGACCGAGUCCGCAUCUGCGAAGAAUGUGAGUACGCCUUCUGCCGACGCUGCAGACGCAGCUGGAACGGCGAUUUCUAUGACUGCCGCGCACAACCUGCGAUGAAACCCAAGUGCCAGAUCAGGGUACAGGAGGAGGAGGAGGAGGAGGAGGAGGAGGAGGAGGAAGCGUUUCUCGAAUACAUAAGAUAG